AUGUUGCUCCUCCUCCUCGCCAUCCGACCUCUCUUCCAGGAAUGGGAGGAGGAUGAGCCCCCCUCCCAACCUGCCUGUUUCUUCCGGAAGUGGAGCUUCCACUCCGGAUUGCUGUUCUGCGCCGGAGCUCUAGGGGCGCGUGCUUUCGGAGAGGGUAGGAGGGGCAGCAGGGAAACCCCCCACCCCACCCCGAGGAAAGGAAAGGAAAGGAGAAUCUGGAGUGAGGAUGAAGAGGUAAAGGGGUCGCGUGGGGGGGGGGGAGAAAAGGACCCAGAGACCCCAGCCAGCUCCCCAAAGCGCCUUUCGCGAGUCCCACCGGCAGGACCUGGAUCCCCGCACGAGUGCUGCGAACGGAGCUUUCCUUGGCUGGGGGGCGGACAUGGACCCCCGAACCAGGGGGUCCCCACAAGGGUCCACUUGCCCCGUUUCCCCCACGCAGGCAUCCCUGGGGCCCUGUGGGCUCCGCAUGGAGAAAGGCGGGUCAUGAAUGGGUUAACGGGCGCGAGGGACGCCUGGAUAGCGACCCCCAUGUGGCUUGUGUUGGGGGGGUGCUCUGAAUGGAGAGAUGGGGCACGCAAGGCGAGGGGUGAGCCCCGCCAAGGCAGCCUCUGGGUGCAGUGGAGACUCAAUGAAAGAGGGAAGGGGUCGAGGAAGUCGGGGGGGAGCAUCCGUGGGGCUGGGAAGGGCAGCAAUGAGAGAGAGAGAGAGAGAGAGAAAGGAAGAACAGUCUGUAGGGAGAGGUCCACGUGGCGGACGCGGGGAUUCUCCGGAGGGGCCGCCUUGCCUUAUCCCUCCCGCCCAGGAAUUGGCCACCCUUCAAGGCCACCAGAGAGGGAUCCCUGGAAAGUGGGGGGUCCAGUCCCCCCACCCCUUCCUUCCUGCAAGCUCCAUGCUCUUCCCACCCCAUAA